AUGGCAGACUCUGACGGUGAAUAUGUCGAGGAUCUCUCAGAUGAUGAUAUUGGAGCACCCGCCAAUGUAAAUGCUGGGCAUGGCACUCGAUCUACUGGAGCUGCCACAGGCGCUGGAGGGUCAACUGCCAAAGAAAAAGCCGCAAAUGGCGGUGGUAAUAGGCGGAAAGCUGCAUGGGAAGAUAUUCAAAGAAGUUGGGAUACUGUAGUCGAAGGAGCAGAUGGUAGUAUCAAUUCUACUGUUGAGGGGUUGAGGGAAGCUAACAAAAGGAAGAGAUUAUUGAGAGAUACGACGCCCUUACAGAGAGGUAUUAUUCGCCACUUCAUUCUCAUCCUUGACCUCUCCUUUGCCAUGACAGAGAAAGACAUGCGCCCCACGCGUUAUCUUCUCACCAUCCGUUACGCAAGUGAAUUCGUUACCGAAUACUUCGAACAGAACCCCAUCUCACAACUUGGGAUUAUUGGCAUGCGCGAUGGCAUUGCAGUGCGGAUUUCAGAUAUGAGUGGAAAUCCCACCGAACAUAUCGAACGAUUGAAAGCUCUCCGCGUAGACCAAGGUCAAGGAAAUCCCAGUUUACAAAAUGCCUUAGAGAUGAGUAGAGCUGCACUAUUUCACGCUCCAAGUCAUGGUACAAGGGAGAUACUUAUUAUAUACGGUGCGCUACUUUCAAGUGAUCCAGGCGAUAUCCAUGAAACGAUUUCGUCGCUCAUAACGGAUCGCAUACGAGUUAGUAUUGUAGGACUUGCAGCCCAAGUUGCCAUUUGCGCCGAAAUAUGCUCGCGCACUAAUGCUGGGGAUGAUGCAGCAUAUUCUGUUGCACUGAAUGAAGAACACUUCAGACAAUUAAUGAUGGCAACUACAACGCCCCCAGUCACGCGUACAAAAAAACAGUCACAGAGUAGUUUACUCAUGAUGGGUUUCCCAUCUCGAACACUCGACCCAGGAAAAAGCAUGAGCUUUUGCGCAUGUCAUGGGAAGUUAAGUAGAGGAGGUUAUCUAUGCUCUCGUUGUGAAAGUAAAGUGUGCUCACUGCCAGCGGAAUGCCCAGCGUGCGGCCUUACGCUUAUUCUCUCCACCCAUUUGGCCCGCUCAUAUCAUCAUUUAUUCCCCUUGCGCAACUGGGUUGAAGUUCUUUGGAAAGACGCCGGAAAAUCUAAAGGGUGUUAUGGGUGCCAAGCAGCUUUUCCCCAAAGGGACGCACAUGAGAAAGGUGCUUCCGAGCAAGCAAUGAAGGGCAUGAGUGAGAGUGGGAGGUAUGCGUGUGAGGUUUGUGGUAAUCACUUUUGUAUCGACUGUGAUGUCUUUGCACAUGAGGUAGUGCAUAAUUGCCCAGGCUGUCAGAGUGACACAAGGGGCUUGAUUAACGGCGGGGGAGCUCCAGCGAGGAGUGUGGAGAAGGAUGUAGAUGCUAUGGUUGAAUGA